AUGCCCCCAUCCACGCGUGAAGAUGGCGGCAGCCCAAUUGCCCAACUGGUAACAAAUUAUUCUCCCACUACAGCCUCCGCAGACAUCAUUUCACAGGAUAUCACGAUCAGAAUCAAUUACAUCUCGAGUAUUACAGACCUCCAGACCGCACAAGAAUUGCGAAUCACAUCGCACGAACCAUCACCGAGCCAAACGUCGAAAUAA